AUGGACGAGGUUGCUGCCCAAGUGACUCCCAGGGACGAGGUUGCAUUUGCCGAUGUAGACGUCCAGAUGAAAGACGAGGAAGGAGUAGGAAUCGGAUGUCCGAUGGAAUCGACGUCGGCGGAUGGAGCGCACCAUGACCACUGUCAGCAGAGUGUUCGAAGUGGGGAGGUGGCCGGCGCGGUGCAAGUGACGCUGUUAGAAAUCAUUGGUAAAUACCUAACAGGUAUGGUCGAAUACAUCUCUAAGUUCUGGUUCAGUGGGCUUCGCUACGGCUGGGAAUCAUUCUGCGGGAUGUUGAGCUAUGGCUGGCACAUGUUCGUAGCCUGGUUUACCUUUGAUGGACAGAGAGUUGCCGGCGGUGUUGGCAGGAAGCUCGUCACCGUUCUCACAGCUAUCGGGUUCGACCUGCAGGACGUGAAUUGGCCGGAAGCCCGCGACCGCUUGAUUCACCGCGUCAGUGAGAGUCGCUCCCAGCUGGCUCUCACUAUGGGCUCCAGGAACUGGACCGUCACUAAUGUCCUCGUUAUCCUUUUGCUUCUUGCUCUGUACGAGCUGUCAUUCUACCUCAACAACUGGCUCGACAACCCCUACUGCAGGACGCACCUCGCCCCUGUGCGUGCGCUGACCGGAUAUCCGCAACUCGGCGUGGAGACGUCGAUUAUCGGCGCGCUGUUCCACAACACCAGACUCGGUAUGUACGGAAAGAAGGCGCUCGAUGCCCUUGGAGCAAUCUGCCGUUCCAUUUUCCUCGGAUUUCUGAGCGUGUACAUGAUGACCUUCACCCCGGUUCCCUUCCCUCAGCCGAUUUUCGAAGACGAACACGAACACGCCCAUCACAUGCACGCGGGUCACACGCCCUUCACCAUGCUUGCUGUCCCGGGUACCGAGAACUUCUUCGCGCCGCCGGAUGACAUUCACUUUUUCAACCUCAACGAUGUCAGCGACCACCUUUCCUCGUCGGACGAGGAUGAGGAGGACCGCAAGAACCGCUUCGACAAUGCUUCUUUGAGCGCUCGUACCCUAGCCAACAGAAGCAACGGAAGUGAUCCCGAACCGAGUACCGGACCCUCUACCAGCGAUGGCCAGCAUCACUGUGCCCGAUCUGCCCGCGCCAAGAAUGACGGUCUGCCUUCGCCCAAGUCGCCCCGUAUCCGCAUGAACCCCAGGCGCCUCCCAUCCAGAGGUGCCGAUAGUGCCGAGCCCAGCCCGAGCGAGUGUGCCCUGGCGAGGAAAAUGAGGAAGGCACGAGAGGCUAGAGAGGCCAAAGCGACUAGAGAGGCUCGACAGGCUACCAGAACUGCUGCUGAGGCACAGAAGGCUGAGGCCGGCGAAGCCACGAAGCCGCGUAUGAGAAAGGCGUUUUCAAAAAAGGUGAUGCGUUCAAGCGAUCCCGUCGACAAGGCGUAA